AUGAAUUCAACAUUAGAGCUGAUUAAAUUAUAUAUUUUGGAAGUGCAAACACUCCAUAAAUUCCAUGUAGGUUUCAUGAAGAUUAUUUUAUUCAAAAUUUUUGCAAGAAACCUUAUAAAAAAUGAAUAAUAAUUUAAAGAAUGUAGUUUACCUAUGUGUCCUGAAUGCAUAAAGAUUCAUUCUGAGGAACAUUUAGAAGAAAGAAUAUCAAGUGAUAUUGAUUUGUUCUCUAAUUGUUUAACAGAAUAAUAUAAUAAAUCAUUAGAAUAUCUUAAACUUUGGGCAAUAGACGUAUAAGAAUCCAGUAGAAGUUUAAAAGGCAUAAUAAGUAAGUGAUAUUUAUAUUAUUUAUAGUUCUAACUUUUAAAAUAUUAAGAAGCAAAAAAGAAUUUUAUAAGGUUAUAGAUAACUAUUUUAAGAUGUUUGAAUAAACAAACAUUAAUGAAUGA